UGUUUUAGCUGCAGCAACUAACACUGGCCUGAGAGCUAAGCUGGGUGGACAACAGAGCACAACGGUUCAAGAUGACCUGGGGAAGUAUGGGUUGACAAAUAAAGGCCAAACAAUUACGUUAAAGAAUCCAUCUGGUGCCAAACUGAGGAUUACAGAUGUUGACGGCACCGUUUACAGAGAUGAUGAGGAUAAGAUGUAUGCAUGGGGAAACUUUUUCCUUCCUGAUCCCGUCCACAUGCAGGUAUUUGCUGUGGUAGAGGAUGUCUCAUAUGAGGAUCUCGUUCUGAUGACCUGUGAGGACAAACAGGUGUAUGCCUACGAGGACGAGUGCCUGCAUUUGGUGGCGUUGAGUCUGAAGGAGCUACUUAAGGAGGGAUUAAGAUGGCCGGCAUACGAGAAGUAUUACGAAGGGGAUGCCUUCAAGCAUAUGACAGAGGAGGACUGGGCUAAAGAGAUGCAGAGUCCUUUAGGGAAGAAGCUGGAUGAGGAGCAUCGUAAGCUGGUGGAGUCGUUUGAACCUAGAAUUAUGGAAAUCCUCAGAAACACCAGAUCAAAACAGGAAUUGACAGCUGACUCCACUGAUGAAAGUAGUUGUAUGUUGAGUGGUGCAGGUCUGAAAGAAAAAAAGGAAGAACAACUGAACUACUCCCAUUUGGAAGGUCAGCAAUUGGAUCUGUCUAAAUUUCCAACACGCACUGAGAGAACAGUUCAACAUUACCUGUGGAAGUAUGGGUUGACAAAUAAAGGCCAAACAAUUACGUUAAAGAAACCACCUGGUGCUAAACUGAGGAUAACAGAUGUUGACGACACCGUUUACAGACGCGAUGACGUGUAUGAGUGGGGAAACUUUUGCCUUCGUUAUCCCGUCCACAUGCAGGUAUUUGCUGUGGUAGAGGAUGUCUCAUGGCAGGAUCUCGUUCUGAUGACCUGUGAGGACAAACAGGUGUAUGCCUACGAAGACGAGUGCCUGCAUUUGGUGGCUUUUAGUCUGGAGGAGCUACUUGAGGAGGGAUUAAGAUGGCCGGCAUACGAGGAAUAUGAAGUGGAUGCCUUCAGGCGCCGGACGAAGCAGGACUGGGCUAAAGAGAUGCAGAGUCCUUUAGAGAAGAAGCUGGAUGAGGAGCAUCGUGAGCUAAUGGAGUCGUUUGAACCCAGAAUUGUGGGAAUGCUCAGAAACACCAGAUCAAAACAGGAUUUGACAUCUGACUCCACUGAUGAAAGAAGUUGUAUGUUGAGUGGUGCAGGUAGUUAUAUGUAGACUAGGUAAGGACGUUAUGUUGAGUUAUGAAAAAAGUUCUAUGAUGGAUCUAUGGAUGGUUCUGUGAUGGUUCUAUGAUGAGGCAAAGGCAUUCAUCCCGGUGUUUUCUCCACUAAUUGUCAAUAACACUCAUCUAGAGCUGUAGAUAACAAGUCACUCCUCUUUCAGUUGAUUAACAGUAAGUCUUGAUGCAGACAGACAGAAUGUCCCAUUGCAACAGUGAUCUCUCAACUAACCAACCAGAACCCAGGCUUUAUACUGAUUUUCUGCUUAAGUCCAACUUACUUAACUAAACUUACUUAACUAUACUCCGCAUAGCAUCGGUGAUAUCACACAGUAUGGUCACCUCUAAGAGCCAAU